AUGACUUGCGUUCUAGGUGUGAUUGUUAAGUAUUUAAUUCGAAUACUUCAAGUGUUGGUGAUCGGAUUUCGUUAUUAUCCGAUAUUGGCCGUUAUUCAUAUGAAUACAAUUGUAGCUCUAUUUUUGGCCACCAUGUAUAGUUGGUUAGAUUUUUCUGCUAGUGUUGUUGAUCAAAGUUUAUGUAGUAAUUAUUAUCCAACCGAAAAUCUGUACGAAGAAACACAAGGUUCAAGUACGAACGAUAUUAAAUCGUUAUUAGCAUACUAUGGCACGGGCUCAAAUUUGAUUGUCAUUGAUGCUUGCAUAGAUAUACCGAGAUUUAUUUGUUUAGCCCACAUAUCGAUUAAAUUACCAGAGUUAGAAGGAAGACAAUUAUUAUCCUAUAUGAAACAUUCUAUUGAAGCAAGAUAUGUCAGAUAUUUAUUCUUACCAGUUGAGAAAAGACCAGAAAGUAAAACAUUAUUCUCUCGAAUUAUUCCAAAAAUCGUUUACACGAUUCGAGAGGAUUUUCAUUAUUCAUCACGUGUAUUAUCUGCUUAUGCUUCAGCACUCAUGCUGAUAUUUUUCAUGACAACUGGUUUUUGCAUAACAAUCGUUCCAACAUUAGCUUCUUUUCAUCAAACGCUAACAACACUGUUUGAUGCGCUUUUUGGCGAAAAUAAAUUUCCAUUGCCUGACUUUGUGGCACCGUUUGUUAUGUCUGCUAUAAGACGAAAUUUAUUUCAAGUCUAUCGGGGCGAUAUUACUGAAUUACCUCCUCGAGCGACACUGGGUGCUGUUAGUGUCUCAACCUCAAAUUUCCAUUUUGCUGGGUAUUUUAUUGGUUAUGUUGUAUGGGGCUAUUUAUCACUGGCUUUUCUAGCCUUUCUCAUCAUUGUUCCAACUGAUGCUUUCAUCAGAUUUGGUUCAGUUGAACUUAUAGAAGUUAUUUUGAAAAAAAUUAUCCCUGUGUUAUUAUUUAUAGUGUUUAAAAUGUAUAUAGAUAAAUUAUUAGCUCAAUAUGCAUUUUUACAACAUUGGGGUGAUGUAUUGGCGUUGAAUAAUCGUCGAUGGUCAAUGAUUUUUCUUUAUUUUAAGGCUUUUCUUGAUGCAUUUCUCGGUUUUGUCUCUUGUAUCAUACGAAUUGUUUACAGUGUUAUUGCGGCGCUGAUCUAUAUGUGUCGUUUAGAUUAUUCGCCAUUAGGUAGAAAACUGGAGAGAUUUGAUAAUGAAUUAAUCGUCAAUGACAUCUUGAUCAAUGAGAACUUUUUUUAUCAUUGA